AUGGCGGAAAUGGGAGUUUCAGAGCAAGUAAUAUACUUACAUGGCGACUUGAACUUGAAGAUUGUCAAAGCUUGCAACCUACCCAACAUGGACUUAUUUUCCGAGCACUUCCGCCGCUCCUUAACUCUCUGCGAUUCCUGCACCGCCAAUCCCGGCGGCGGCAAAGAGAAGGGUUCAGACGAUAAGAGAAUAGAGCACCACUCGAAGAUCAUCACCAGCGACCCUUACGUGAAGGUAUGUGUCCCCCAAGCCACACUGGCUCGAACUCGUGUAAUCCCCAACACUCAGAACCCUAAUUGGAACGAGCGCUUCAACAUCCCCUUAGCUCACCCCACGCUGAAUUUGGAGUUCCAACUUAAGGACAAUGACUUGUUCGGAGCUCAGCUGAUCGGAAAAGUUCUGAUUCCGGCCGAGAGAGUACUUACCGGCGAAUUCAUCAGCGGGUGUUUUCCGGUGACCGGUUCGCCGAAACCCAAUACGGAACUCUACCUAGAAAUGAAAUUCACACCCUGUGAUAGAAAUCGGCUGUACCGGCACGGUAUUGCGGCUGAUCCGAAGCAUAAGGGUGUGAGACACACUUACUUUCCGUUGAGAAAAGGUAGUUCUGUGAAAUUGUAUCAAGAUGCUCAUGUUAGCAAGAAUUCUAAACUUCCUGAGAUUGAAUUGGAUGAUGGGAUGGUUUUUGAACAUGGAAAGUGUUGGGAAGAUAUGUGUCAUGCUAUAUCAGAGGCUCACCAUAUGAUAUACAUUGUUGGUUGGUCGAUUUAUCAUAAGGUGAUGUUGAUAAGAGAGCCUACUAGGCCGUUGCCGAGAGGUGGGGAUCUGAAUUUGGGUGAAUUGCUCAAGUAUAAAUCCCAAGAAGGGGUGAGAGUUUUGUUGUUGAUUUGGGAUGAUAAGACUUCACAUGAUAAAUUCUUCAUUAAGACGGGGGGAUUAAUGCAAACGCAUGAUGAGGAGACCAAGAAAUUUUUCAGGCAUUCAUCUGUAAUGUGUGUGUUGUCACCUCGUUAUGCUAGCAGUAAGCUUAGCUUCCUCAAACAACAGGUUGUUGGAACACUCUUUACACACCAUCAGAAAUGUGUACUUGUAGAUACACAGGCAUCUGGUAAUAAUCGAAAGAUUACAGCAUUUUUGGGUGGUCUUGAUCUCUGUGAUGGUCGCUAUGAUACACCUGAACAUCGAUUAUUUCGUGAUCUUAAUACUGUAUUUCCCGAUGAUUAUCAUAACCCUACAUUUCCUCCAGGAACCAAGGCUCCAAGGCAGCCUUGGCAUGACUUACACUGCAGAAUUGAUGGACCUGCUGCAUAUGAUGUUCUUAUAAACUUCGAGCAGCGCUGGAAGAAAGCAACAAAGUGGACUGAGUUGGGACUACGUUUCAAAAGGAUAUCUCAUUCUCAUGAUGAUUCUUUGAUAAAGAUAGAUCGCAUUUCAUGGAUUCUUAGCCCUGCCCAUUAUGAAACAAAAGAUACUUACACAUCUAUUCCGGAAGAUGAUCCCUUUUUAUUGGUUUCCAAGGAAGAUGAUCCUGAAAACUGGCACGUUCAGAUUUUCCGGUCCAUUGAUUCUGGAUCAGUGAAGGGAUUUCCCAAAACUGUUGAUGUUGCUGAAGCCCAGAACCUCAUCUGUUCGAAAAAUCUGGUGAUAGAUCAAAGUAUUCAAACAGCAUACAUUCAGGCAAUCAGAUCAGCUCAACACUUUAUAUACAUUGAAAAUCAGUAUUUUAUUGGAUCAUCAUAUGCGUGGCCAUCAUACAAAGAUGCAGGCGCUGAUAAUCUAGUCCCCAUGGAGUUGGCAUUAAAAAUUGCAAGUAAAAUUAGGGCUAAGGAGAGAUUUGCAGUUUAUGUUGUCAUACCAAUGUGGCCCGAGGGUGAUCCAAAUUCUGGUCCUAUGCAGGAAAUUCUAUUUUGGCAGAACCAGACGAUGCAAAUGAUGUAUGGAAUUGUUGCACGGGAACUUCAAUCCAUGCAACUUUCUGACUCUCAUCCUCUAGACUACUUAAAUUUCUAUUGCCUUGGCAAUCGAGAAGAAAUGCCUGAGGAGAGGGUAAGAGAAGAUAAUCAGGCUAAUGGCAGUAAGAUCUCAGAUUCAGAGAAAUUUCAGCGGUUUAUGAUUUAUGUGCAUGCUAAAGGAAUGAUAGUGGACGACGAGUACACAAUAAUAGGAUCUGCCAACAUUAACCAAAGAUCUUUGGCUGGUACAAAAGACACUGAGACAGCCAUGGGCGCUUAUCAACCUCAUCACACUUGGGCUGACAAGAAGCGACACCCUCAUGGCCAGAUUUAUGGAUACAGAAUGUCACUGUGGUCCGAGCACCUUGGGAUAUUGGACAAAUACUCUGAGGAGCCAGAGAGCUUGGAAUGUGUGAAGAAGGUGAAUCGGGUGGCUGAAGAUAACUGGAAGAGAUACACAACUGAGAAUUUUACAUUAUUGCAAGGCCAUCUUCUCAAGUAUCCCAUACAGGUAGACAUUGACGGCAAGGUGGGUCCCUUGCCAGGAUACGAGAGUUUCCCAGAUAUUGGAGGUAAAGUAGUCGGAUCUUAUUCACCCACUAUUCCCGAUGUUCUGACAACAUGAGUACCACAGAUGAUGUACACGACUACUGAUGUAAAAUUCCAAACUUGGUUUGUGUGUGAAAUUUUAGAUAUAGUUUUAUUCAAUAAAUGUUUUUUGUGUGUCACUUAACCGGAGAGAACUAGUUAUCAACUGUAGUUUGCAGAUUUCUUCAGUUCUAACUCCUUGUGCCUGUUGCCUUGCCAUAAAGUGUUUGUAUAAUUUGUUUGUUCUUUUCUCUGUAUAAUUUAUGUAUGUAACAUUUGGUGAAUGUCUCCUGGUUGAGAUCAAUUUGGCUCUAAACUAUCAUACUCUCAACAUAAAAGAGUGCUCUGCUUAUUUAUGUCA